AUGCGAUAUAACGCUCAUUUGGGUGAUACAUAUAUGCUUAUUGUUGCGGCCGUGCGAGAGAUGACAUUUGGAAAAAUGAUGCUGGCAAUAGCACAUCUAGUGGAGAAAGCUGAAGGCUCGUGGCACCAGAAUCUUAAAGAUUCUGGUGCCACUCAGUUUAGAAAUCAAGGAACCGUUGCCAAUCGUGGACCUAUUUUGGAUGUAGCUCAUGUGGACCCACGCUGGAAAGCAUUGGUCCAGAAAAAAAUUCAGAAUGCGAACGGAGAGUUAGGAAAAUCGCGAAUACAAGCUGAUUCAAGCGACGAUGAACACUUUUGCCCGUCGCAAGGCCCAGCAUCACCGGGUUUCAACUUGUCGGUAGUCCACCUGUUGUACGAGACCGGACGUGGACACCAAGCGAUAAGAUACACGCAUACCGACGUGUAUGCUAAGAAGAUCGCCAGAUAUCUCGGUGGUAUAGAAGACGAACGUAGUGUGCCUUGUGUACGUGUCGUUGUGAAUAAUGAGGGUGGACCAGCUAACAAAGGCACUACUGACGCCGCGGCUAUUGGUUCGGCUUUCGUUAGCGUUUAG